GGUUAAAUCACUUUCGGUUAUCCACUCGCAAAUAUCACAGUUUAAAGUAAAAGUUAAAUACAAAAUUAUCAAAAUGGCAUCAGCAGCGAUGGAUGUUGACGAAGAAGAGAUUGAUAUGCCUACUUCCAGCAGUGGAAGAGGCGACAAAAAACGUUUUGAAGUUAAAAAGUGGAACGCUGUCGCACUUUGGGCUUGGGAUAUUGUGGUCGAUAAUUGUGCUAUUUGUCGAAACCACAUUAUGGAUCUUUGUAUCGAGUGCCAAGCAAAUCAAGCAUCAGCUACCAGUGAGGAAUGUACAGUAGCUUGGGGAGUUUGCAAUCACGCUUUUCACUUUCAUUGCAUUUCUCGUUGGCUUAAGACACGUCAAGUCUGUCCUCUUGAUAAUCGUGAGUGGGAGUUCCAAAAGUACGGUCACUAGGUGCUUUUAUAACAUUACUCACCCGAGUAAAAUUUUCCUACAAAUAAUUUAAGUUUUACUGUUAAUUAUAAUUGAUAAUAAUAAUAAUCACCACAACAUCAAGAGUUACUACUAUAAAAAAUAAAAUUUGGGCAGUGUGAGGACGUCUUAUCUUAAUAAAAAUACUAAGAUCGUCAAUAUUCGAUCUGUAAAAUCAAAUUUCUUAUUAAUUUAAAUGAAUAUUUAUGUAAUUUAAAUUACUUUAUGUUUAAAAUUAAUAAAUUUCAAUACUUUUAAUCAUAAAA